AUGGCAGUAGUACUCGUCACAGGAGCCAACGGAUUCAUUGCUCUCCAUAUCAUUAACGAGCUUUUGAAGGCGGGAUUUUCUGUUGUUGGAACUGUUAGGUCUCCAGCCAAGGGCAAGAUCCUGGAUAACUUCAAGUCUCUUUACAAAAACCCUCAACUCGUCCUAGAGUACGUCCCCGAUAUUAGCAAACCCGACGCUUUCGACGAAGUCGUCAAAAACCAUCCAGAAGUCGAUUUUGUCCUGCACACCGCCUCCCCAUUCUCAUUUGGUGUAGGUGAUGACAAUGAGGAUGUGUUUGUCAAGCCAGCAGUUAACGGCACUCUUGGAAUUCUUAACUCAGUCAAGAAUUAUGGCCACAAUGUUAAGCAUGUUGUUGUUACCUCUUCAUGUGCGGCUAUCUUGAACUUUGACAAAUUCACAGACCAUUCGUUCGUCCAUACAGAAGCCAUCUGGAACCCUAUGCCUUGGGAUAUUGCGAGAACCAACCCAGGAUUGGCGUACUGUUACUCUAAAACAGUCGCCGAGCGCUCUGCGCGUGACUUUGUCGCCAAGGAGAAACCCGGUUUCACUAUUUCAACGGUAAACCCCAGUUACGUUUAUGGACCUCAGCUUUUUGAUGAGACCACUGGUGACUUGAACACCUCUUCGGAUCUGAUUAACCAGGCCAUGAAAUUGCCCCAUGAUGCCCCAGGCCCUUUUAAUGAACCUGCAAACAUGGGAAUCGAUGUUCGUGAUGUUGCAAUUGCGCAUCUAAUUACUCUUCAAGACCCAGAGAAGUUUGCAGAUGCAAGACUUGCACUGGCGUGUGGUUAUUUCUCCCAACAGUUGUUUUUGGACGUUCUCAACUCACGUAUUCCAGAACUUAAGGGGAAGAUUCCCGUGGGAGACUCAGCAGCUGGGAAAAAAUACAUUGCCGAAAACGUGUUAACGUACAGUUUCUCAAAAACAGAGCAACUGCUGGGAGCGAAAUACAUUUCCAUUGAGGACUCAAUCUAUGCUACUGCCAAACAGAUUGUGGACUAUGAGUCAGCUCACAAAUGA